AUGCAACAUUAUGCUGUUCUAAUCUGUAUUCAAGUUCAUAUCGGAAAACGAAUGUUCCGACGUCAGUGUGACCGGGUUAAGUGGAACUCUUGGACUAGUCCAAAUCGUGCCCGCACUGUGGGUGUGGAAAAGCAAGUGUCCAUCGCAUCUGGGUUGGCCAGUGUACUUCUGACCCAGUCAAACUACCUGAUUCCACCAGUAUAA